GGGGCCCGGGGCGGGGCCGGCGGCCGCGGGGGGCGGGGCCGUAGUUGUUCUCGCGCGCGCCGCCGAGGCUCCGCGCGCCGUCGCGCCGGCCGGUCGUCCUGAGCAGCUCGGCCGCCGAUGGGGGAAGUGGAGCAGGGCCCCACGGGCCCGCUCGAGCCCCUCGAGACGCCAGGAGCGCCCUCGAGUCGCCGGCAGGGCGGGAUCCGGGUUCUGAAGAGAAAUAUGAAACACAAUGGGAGUAGAAAUUGCUUGAAUAGGAGAAGUAAAUUUGGUUCUCGAGAAAGAGAAUGGCUGAGAGAAGAUGUGAAGAGAGGCUGCAUUUACCUUUAUGGAGCAGAGACAACCACUGCCACUACAACCACCACCUCCUCCACCUCAUCUGACUUACAUCUUGUCCUCUGCACAGUUGACACACCAGCAUUAGAAAUAUGUGCUGGAGAGGGAAGGGAAAGUCUUUAUUUGCAACUUCAUGGAGAUCUGGUCAGGAGACUGGAACCUACUGAACGGCCUCUUCAGAUUAUUUAUGAUUAUUUAUCCAGGCUGGGUUUUGAUGAUCCUCUGCGCAUACAAGAGGAAGCCACUAAUCCUGACCUCAGCUGUAUGCUUCGGUUUUAUGGUGAAAAACCAUGCCAUAUGGAUCAUCUGGAUCGAAUCCUUCUUUCUGGCAUCUAUAAUGUAAGAAAAGGAAAGACUCAGCUCCAUAAGUGGGCUGAACGCCUAGUUGUUCUUUGUGGUACCUGCCUUAUCGUUUCUUCAGUGAAGGAUUAUCAAACUGGAAAGAUGCACAUUUUGCCUCUAGUUGGGGGAAAGGUAGAAGAAGUGAAGCGAAGGCAGUACUCUCUUGCAUUCAGCUCAGCAGGAGCACAAGCUCAGACCUAUCAUGUCAGCUUUGAGACUUUGACUGAAUACCAGAGGUGGCAACGGCAGGCAUCCAAGGUGGUGUCCCAGCGAAUCAGUACUGUUGAUCUCUCCUGUUACAGCCUUGAGGAGGUUCCUGAGCAUCUCUUUUAUAGUCAAGAUAUCACCUACCUCAACUUGAGACACAACUUCAUGCAAUUGGAAAGACCAGGGGGCCUUGAUACUCUAUAUAAGUUUUCUCAGCUGAAGGGCCUGAAUUUGUCCCAUAAUAAACUUGGAUUGUUUCCUGUAUUGUUAUGUGAAAUUCCUACCUUGACUGAGCUCAACCUUUCCUGUAAUGGCUUCCAUGACCUGCCAAAACAGAUUGGCAGUCUACUGAAUCUUCAAACUCUCUGUCUUGAUGGCAACUUUCUGACUACUUUACCAGAAGAACUGGGAAAUCUACAGCAGCUUUCCUCUUUGGGAAUUUCCUUCAAUAACUUUAAUCAAAUACCUGAGGUUUAUGAGAAACUCACAAUGUUAGAUAAAGUGGUUAUGGCAGGAAAUCGACUGGAGAUCCUAAACCUGGGGUUGCUGAACAGGAUGAGUCAUAUCAAACAUGUUGAUUUAAGGAUGAACCAUUUGAAAACUACAGUUGCUGAAAAUCUAGAAGGAAAUAAAUACAUCACCCACAUGGAUUUGCGAGAUAAUCAUCUAACUGACUUAGAUCUUAGCUCCCUGUGUAGUUUGGAGCAGCUGCAUUGUGAGCGUAAUCAGCUGAGGGAGCUGACACUCAGUGGCUUCUCCCUUCGAACUCUGUAUGCCAAUUCAAAUAGACUGACAGCAGUGAAUGUCUACCCAGUCCCCAGUCUGCUCUCUUCUCUAGAACUCUCCAGAAAUCUGCUAGAAUGUGUUCCUGACUGGGCUUGUGAAGCAAAGAAGAUAGAAAUAUUGGACAUGAGCUACAAUCUUCUGACAGAGGUUCCUAUGAGAAUUCUUAGUAGUCUGAGUCUUCGAAAGCUGAUGCUGGGACACAAUCAUGUGCAAAAUCUUCCAAUGCUGGUGGAGCAUAUCCCCCUUGAGGUAUUGGAUAUUCAGCAUAACUUACUUACCAGGUUGCCAGAUACCCUCUUCUCCAAGGCCUUAAAUCUCAGAUACUUGAAUGCAUCUGCAAAUAGUCUGGAGUCUUUGCCAUCUGCUUCUGCUGGGGAGGAGAGUCUGAGUGCACUGCAGCUGCUCUACCUGACCAACAACCUCCUAACAGAUCAGUGUGUACCCGUCCUUGUGGGGCACCCACACCUUCGAGUUUUACAUCUUGCAAACAACCAGCUACAGACUUUUCCUGCAAGCAAAUUAAAUAAAUUGGAGCAAUUGGAAGAACUGAAUCUAAGUGGCAAUAAGCUUAAAACCAUUCCCACGACUAUAGCAAACUGCAAGAGACUGCACACCCUUGUUGCACACUCCAACAACAUUAGCAUUUUCCCAGAAAUUCUACAGUUGCCUCAAAUCCAGUUUGUAGACCUAAGUUGCAAUGAUUUGACAGAAAUCCUGAUUCCAGAGGCUUUACCUGCAACAUUACAGGACCUUGACCUGACUGGAAAUACAAAUCUAGUUCUGGAACACAAGACACUGGACACAUUUAGCCAUAUCACAACCCUGAAAAUUGAUCAGAAACCUUUGCCAACCACUGAUUCUACAGUUACAUCAACCUUUUGGAGCCAUGGGCUGGCUGAGAUGGCAGGGCAGAGAAAUAAACUCUGUAUAUCUGCCUUAGCUGUGGAUAAUUUUGCGGAAGGGGUAGGCGCUGUGUAUGGCAUGUUUGAUGGAGACCGAAAUGAGGAGCUCCCUCGAUUGCUUCAGUGUACGAUGGCAGAUGUGCUUUUAGAAGAGGUGCAGCAGUCAACAAAUGAUACAGUUUUCAUGGUUAAUACCUUCUUAGUAUCUCACAGGAAAUUAGGAAUGGCUGGCCAAAAGUUGGGCUCCUCUGCUCUUCUUUGUUAUAUCCGUCCUGAUGCUGCUGACCCCAAAAGUAGUUUCAGCUUGACUGUGGCUAAUGUUGGCACAUGUCAAGCAGUGCUGUGCCGAAGUGGGAAACCAGUGCCCCUCUCUAAAGUCUUCAGCCUAGAACAGGACUCAGAAGAAUCUCAAAGGGUGAAGGACCAAAAAGCCAUCAUAACAGAGGAUAACAAAGUGAAUGGAGUUACCUGCUGUACCCGGAUGCUGGGCUGUACAUACCUCUACCCGUGGAUCCUUCCCAGGCCCCACAUAUCUUCCACUCCGCUUACCAUUCAAGAUGAAUUGCUAAUUCUGGGAAACAAAUCAUUGUGGGAACAUUUGUCAUAUAUAGAAGCUAUUAAUGCAGUACGCCAUGUACAGGACCCAUUAGCAGCUGCCAAGAAACUGUGCACAUUAGCUCAGAGUUAUGGCUGUCAGGACAAUGUAGGAGCAAUGGUGGUUUAUUUGAACAUUGGUGAGGAAGGCUGCACUUGUGAAAUGAAUGGACUUACCCUCCUAGGUCCUGUGGGAUUUGCUUCAUCUACCAUCAUCAAAGACCCCCCAAAGCCAACCACUCCUUCCUCCAGCAGUGGUAUUGCUUCUGAGUUCAGCAGUGAAAUGUCCACCUCAGAGGUGAGCAGUGAGGUGGGUUCCACGGCUUCUGAUGAACAUAACACCGGUGGCCUGGAUGCUGGCUUACUUCCAAGGUCAGAUAGGCGCUGCAGCCUUCAUCCGACACCCACCUCUGGGAUUUUUCAACGCCAGCCUUCUUGUGCAACUUUCUCAAGUAACCAGUCUGACAAUGGCCUGGAUAGUGAUGAUGAUCAGCCUGUGGAGGGAGUGAUAACAAAUGGCAGCAAGGUAGAAGUAGAAGUUGAUAUCCACUGCUGCAGGGGAAGAGAUCUUGAGAACUCUCCUAUUCUUACAAAGAAAAGUCUUACUCCAUGUCCUGUGGAACGGGGCAGAGGAUUGCUUCUUGGGAUCCGAAGACAGAACAGUGUAAAUAGUGGCAUACUUCUUCCAGUGAGCAAGGACAGAAUGGAGUUACAGAAGUCUCCCUCUACUUCCUGUCUCUAUGGGAAGAAACUUUCAAAUGGCUCUGUUGUGCCCCUAGAAGAUAGUCUGAACCUUAUUGAAGUGGCAACAGAAGUUCCCAAGAAGAAAACUGGCUAUUUUGCUGCCCCUACUCAACUGGAACCAGAGGAUCAGUUUGUUGUACCUCGUGACCUGGAAGAGGAAGUGAAGGAGCAAAUGAAACAACACCAUGAAAGCAGGCCUGAAUCUGAGCCUAGUGAAGAGGACAGGACCGAGCUCCCAGAGGAGUUUGACACAGCACUAUAAUUCUCCCCAGGAGCCAGUAUUAGAGGUGGCUGUGUAAUGUUGGGGUAGUGGACCCUUCACAGGCAUUUUGCCUCUGCAUUUAUAAAUUGCAGAUUCAUGGGGUAGAACUUGGGGCCAAAAAAGGGUGAGAGCUAUCAGGGUCUUGCCCUGGUUAAGCUAGGAAACACCAUCAGUGUUAAGUUUCAGAAAUAACUUGCAUUGGAAUUCCCAGAGUUACUGGGAAGAAAGCAGAUGAUAUUCUGUCAGUCCUACCACCUGCCAUUAACCCUUUCUCUCCUAGGAUAAUUUUGAGAAUUUGCCUGCCUGGGCAGGAAAGGGACUAUCUCUGUGGAGGAAAUAACUGAAGAUUGAUUCCCUUUACUAAUUGCUGCUGAUGGAUCUUUGUGACAGAGAAAUCACCUUAUAUCUCAACCUAACUGAUGGGAUGUAAUGUGACUAGUCACAUGACUUUUCAUUCUUCUCUACGAGAAUACAGCCUAUCAAAAUGACAUUUAUUGGAAAUGUAGAACCAAUCAAACAGAUAAUUUAUGUAUGUAAUGUGAUGUAAUGAGAGCACUUUUCAUUGACUGUGAACUUUUUAUUUUUGAAUCUGCACUCGAGCCAAUCUUUUAGAGGCAGCCCAGCACCUUUAUCCACAGGCAGAAUGAGGUGUUGGAGCCUUUUAUGAGGGUACUAGAAAAAGUUCUGGGAAUGUGAUUAACUGUUGGGUGUCAGACUGUGAAAACUCCUGAGAAACUUUGGCGGUAGGGGUCAUCUUUUUUUUGGGGGGGUGGGGAGUGAAGAUAGAGGAGGGACUAAAAUUGCUUCACCCUAGAUAAGAAUAAGAGUAUAACUCCUUGAUAAAUGUGAAACCUGCUAGGAAGUUCCCAGCAGAUCAUCAGAGAGGCAUUUGGGGAUUGGCUUCUUAAUAUAAUGUGAUAGAGUUAGCAGUCUCAUAUGUAGGACUACAGCUGAUGCUGCUCAUAUCCAAGUAACUUUGAGUUAUAUCAGAUGACUCUAAACAGGCUAAGGCUGAAUGAGAAUGGAUGGCUGGUGCUCACUGGUUAGAUAUGUUCCAUCUCUUACUCUAGAGCAGAGGACUGGUUUUCUGAAAUGUUGGAAUCUAGUUGAGAGUUUACUUCUUUAAUGUUUAACAGAGUACUCUUAUGAAAACUGCUUAUCCACCUCACAUGGUUUCAGAGUACUGCCUAAGUUAAAUUUCCAAAUUUACAGAAACCUGGUUUAUUGGUUUUUUUGCACAUUCCACAUACUCCUAGCAAAAAGCAGUUCCUUCUAGAUUUCUACUCUGUUACCUUCUCCAUUAGAAGGUUUACUUAGGACAUAAAUUUCUGUUUUACAAAAUGUUGAUAUUGCUUGAUUUUGCCCAGUGGGGAAUGUGCUUUGAAUUUUUAGAAUACUUUGACAGUUCAAAAGAAAAUAAGAGUGGAACCAUUUUUAUUUGUUUCACAAAAAAAAUGUUAAGAAUAGGAUUGAUUUUACAUAUGUAAAUUUGGAAGGUGGGUUCUUUAUUUAGUUUUUGCUAAAGCAAUAGUAGAAAACUAGAUGACCUGUUCACAAAUGGUUCUGUACCUUCAUCAUCUCAUAGGUUGUGUAUGUGUGUGUGUGUGUGUGUGUGUGAGAGAGAGAGAGAGAGAGAGAGAGAUGAGAGAAUAACUUCUUGACAGAUAUGACACUUGCUAGGAAUUUACCAGCAGAUUAGAAGAGAAUUGGCCUCUUGACCUUGAGGGAAGUACUCUUGGGGGUAGGGGGUGGGGGACACAUACUUCAUUGGUUGCCAAAUAUUCAGUUUCUCAAAAUCUUGAUUUGAAUCCCCAAACACCUAAAUUUCCUGUGUUAAACUACUGGUCAGUUACCGAAAAUUUCUAGAACUCAGGUCUUUGUUUGAUGUAGGGAGCACAGUACAAAGGUACUAUAAGAAGGAUGAGUAUAAUAGUGUGUUGCUGCCUUAUUUUUAUAUGGAAGUAUGAAGGAAAAACCCAAGAUAAUAGUUAUGGAUGAUGUAAAACAUCUUUCUACCUAGAUAACAGAACCUUUGAAUUAUAGAAUAGUGAUGUCUAGAAAGUUAUUUUGGGAAUAUACCACUUUCAUAGUAUAGUCUCUUAAAAAUCACCCUUUAUCUGUGAACUUUUGUCUUCUCUUUGUUUCCCAUCCUACUUACUGGAAUCAAUAUUAAACCUAGACCCAAGAUAAAAUCUAUUAAAAUUAAUUGCAUUUAGUUUUUAGUCAGAAAGACUCUAAAAUUCCAGAUGUUACUUUAUGUGGUAGCUUUUUUCAGGAAACAUUUCGGUUAUAUUGAAAACCUUUAGGCUAUACCAAAAACUGAUUUUUUUUAUAAUUUCUUUUAUUUUUUUCUCUGUAAUUGCUCUAUAUUAACAGUCAGUAAAAAGGCUAUAGCCCAUUGCCAAAAAUAUACAGACUCUUUUGACCUAUGAAAUAAUUAACUGCCAUUAUAUGACCAGAUUAGACUGCCAGGCAGUAAGAGAAAGCCAGUUACUUGUCUCCACGUGAAUGUAGUUUACUUCCUAGAACUUUACCCAGAGGAUGUGUUCCCCAGUUGGAGAGAGCAUGGUUGAUCUCUCACCUAGAGAUUCUGGUCUCUGCAUACUUCUCAGGUCUGUGUGUACCUCCCAUUUGAUAGAAAAAAAAAUGUAAGAGAUUACCUGAGUAAUUAUCAGUACUCUUUAUCAAAGCUGUUUAGUAGGAGUCCCAUGGAAGAAAGAAAACAAAUAAGUCUACAGACCUAUGCUGUUCUUAAUUUUAUCUAGGAUUGGAGAUGUAUCUGAAAAUUUGAAUGCUAGUAUGUCACAAAACAACAGUGCUACCAUAGAGUCAUUGAAUUACCACUCCUAAUAUAAGUGAGGGCUUUAUUAUACUACUGUGGAGUAUGUGUGUGCAAUAAGUGGAUGGAUUCACUUUCCUGUCAUAUAGAAGAGCCAGCAUAAGCAGCUUGGUAACCAUUGGGUGCUAUUAUAAUUGUUUGUAGUGAGUGCUAUUUUCUAGGAGAUGGAGCCAGUUAUGUUUGGCUAAUCAGCCGAAUAUCAAAAUGAUGCUCUUCUUUCCAUGUAGACCUUCAGCAAAAGCAGGUAUUUGGAAGCCACAAGCUCACCUCUAUCUACUCAAUAAUUGUUAAUGAAGAGACCUCCGUAAGGGAGCACUUGGCUGUUAUCGAUAAAUGUACCAAUUAUUAAUUAGUUUCCAAGCCAUUCAGUGAUGUCUGCAACAUCACUAUAGAACUGUUGUGUGUUGCUUUUUACUUCCUCUAGGUGGGGCCUUUCAUACUCCCACAAUCACGGAGGCAAGUUAAAUCUUUCUCUCCAGUUAGUGACUUUUCCACCAUAGGUGGGCAAGCACUUUCUAGAUUGAGAAAAGCAGUUACAAUAAAUCCUGCUGUUCCCCUCAUUUGGUGAUCAAUCACACAUAUGCUCCGUGUAUUCUAAAUGUCAUGCACUUCUCCCAGAUGCUAUAGGGUUUUUGCUCACUGUUGCCAAUGGAUAACAUCCAGACAGUGAGUUCAUAUCUUAUGGUUUUGUGCAAUCAUUGUUGUAGUCCCAAGACACACUAUAGUGUAUUUUUGAUAUUUUUGAAAUGUGUUAAAUUUUUUAAUUGAAUAAUACGAGCCAGAGCAUGUUGCAGCAAAUCUAUUGUUUGUAAAAAAUAACAAUAAAUUAAAUAAAUGGAA